AUGGAACUCAACCGAGAACAUUUUCGCGCCACAAUUUAUUACAACUUUCUGAGACAAUUAUCGCAACAAGAAUACCUUGCUGAGUUACUGUCUGUUUUCGGCAACGAAGCGCCACAUCAGUCGACAAUUUCCCGUUGGUAUGGAGAAUUCAAACGUGUACGGGUGAGUCUUAGCGACGAUCCCAGGGAAAACGUCGAUGCUGUGCGCAAACUCAUCAUUAAAGAUAGACAUGUGACAUAUCGCGAGAUUGAGGCAAAAUUAGUUUCACGUUGGAUACCCCACCUGUUGACUGAAGAGCAGAAAGCAGCCAGGGUUAAUUGUGGUGAUGAAUCGUGGAUUUACUGUUAUGAACCAGAAAAUAAACGACAGUCGGCUGUUUGGGUGUUCCAAGGUGAAGAAAAGCCCAGAAGAGUCAUUCGUUCUGGAAGUGUUUCGAAAAAAAUGGUCGCAACAUUUGUGUCAAAAGCGGGUCAUAUUGCAACAAUUUAUCUUAAUGAGCAAAGAACUGUUACUGCGGAUUCGUAUACCACCAUUUGUUUGCCAAAAAUCAUCACCGAGCUUCGAAAAAUCAACCCCGAAAGAAGAAUCAUUCUCCACCAAGACAAUGCAAGCUCGCACACAGCCCAAAAAACAAGGCAGUAUUUAACGGAAGAAAAUGUUGAAUUAUUGGAUCAUCCUCCAUAUAGUCCCGAUCUAAGUCCUAGCGAUUUCUUUACUCUCCCAAAAAUUAAAAACAGACUGCGUGGUCAAAGGUUCCAGUCACCAGAAGAAGCAGUUGACGCAUUCAAAAAUGCCGUUUUGGAUCUGCCAGCAAACGAGUGGGAUAAAGUGCUUCGAAAAUUGGUUCGAGCGCAUGCAGAUGUGUAUUAA